AUGGAAGGGUUGACGUUACCAUCAUCACCAAAUUGGUACUUAAGUCAUAUUAGUGAUGGAAACGUUCUUGGAACGUUUGUGUUCGGUGCACGGCAUGAUGUUUUCGUUUUUAAAAUUGUCGCCGGUAGUAUCGAGUUCUUGGGGGUUUUCACUGGUCACAGAGACCGUGUGACAUCGGUUGCUCUGGGUACAGGUUUUGGACAGACUGAGGUCUGUUGCAGCACUGGAGAUGAUAGCCAAGUCAAACUUUGGGACGUCAAAACAAAAUCAGAGCUGCAAAGUCACAGAGAUCAUAAAGUAAAAAUAACUGCUCUUUCCUGGUCCCAAGUUCAGACCGACCUCAUAGUGACGGGAGAUGAGAGGGGCAAUGUGGUCAGCUGGGCAUUCAACCAUGACAGUCGCAGACAUUUCCAGCUGGAGAAAGAUUACAUCUAUUGUCUAGCCUGCUGUCCACACAAGGCAGCAUUUCUGGCUAUUGGGUACAAGUCUGGGACUCUCUUGCUGGUUGACGUAGCUGCUGGAGGUAGAGUGCUGCACAAAUUCCGUGGCCAUACGGAUGAGGUUCAGUCUGUGGCCUGGUGUCCAGUCGCCGGACAACACGUGCUGUCGAGUAACCAUCAGGAUGAUGAUGACACGUCAACAGGCUUUCUGCUUGCGUCUGGCUCUCGAGACAAGACAAUCAGAGUGUGGGGCACGACAGAAGGGAAGCAGCUACAUAGUAGAAAGUUACCGACAAAUCAGGGGUAUCGGCGAGACUUUGGAGACCAGAGUAGAGGUAAAGUGUGGACGGCUGUUUGCUGGCCCAGGUCUACACCACACCAGCUCAUUUCAAGCUCUGUCGGAGGAGACAUAUUGCUUUGGAAUUUGCAGGCUGACCAAGAGAAAGAGAGACAGACAUUUCAAGUGAAGAACAUGAAAUCUCACGGUCGUAUUGUGUUCGGUAUUUGUGUCGGGGGAGCUGAUGAUGGGACAGUCAUGUCUCUGUCACUUGAUCGAACAAUAAUGUUCUGGGAUUUUGCAAGUCUCACAUCAAAAUUCUACAUACCUUCUCUUGGUGGACAUGUGUACAGUGUAUGUGUAUCCCCAAUAGAUCCAGGCUAUGUUGCCCUUGGUGUGGGUGACAACACAAUUCGAGUUUGGAAUACGAGCAAUAAGAACAACCUGUUUGAUAUCAACACGAUAUGGCAAGGGUUGAAGUCAAAGGUCACUGCACUUGCCUGGCACCCGACCAAAGAAGGAAUGUUGGCAUUUGGAACAGAUGACGGAAGAGUAGGCAUUUUUGAUGUGCUGUCUAACAAACCACCAAAAUCAUCAUCCACGUAUCACAGAAGAACUGUGUAUGUGGUCGCGUGGGGUCCACCAUCCCAUGCUUCAGAAAGCCAGGCCUCGUUCAAUUUGUAUUCUGUUGGAGACAGCAAGGUGUUGGAGCAUUUUCCUCAUGCAUUCAGCACCGAGGCUAUAGACAUCACCAGUGUUAUAGCCAGUGUAAACAACAGACCGAAUUCAUCCGGCCGAUCCGAUCUCAGCUGGAAACCAGACAACAGUGCAGUUGCUAUAGGAAAUGAAGAUGGCUCUGUGGAGGUGUUCCAGGUUUCAACUUUCAAACAGAUGUGUAUGAUCCACCUGCAUCGUAAGCUCGUAAACUCCCUGGUGUGGCACCCGCAGUUCACUGCACAGUCACCGGAUGGGUCACCGUUCUCUCACUGGCUAGCGUCUGGAGCGUCUGAUGCCGAUGUGCACGUGGUCGACCUGACACAGCUGUUUGAUACUGACCGGUGGUUGGAGCAGCCGAUGAGCAUCAGUCAGGGCAUGAGGAAGCUGGAGGCCCAUUCUAUCCGAGUGACUGGUUUAUCGUGGAACCCUCACGUCGAUGGGGAGCUGGUGUCUGUGGGAUAUGACAGUAUGGCUUAUGUUUGGAAUGUGAAGUCUGGUGAAGCCAUGAAGCAGUUUUCCGGACACUUCCAGCGUCUGCUGUGUGUGACCUGGAGCGGGAUUGACCCGGACGUUAUCUUCAGUGGAGGAUUUGACAGCACGCUGCAAGUCUGGAAUGUGUCCACCGCUUCUAAAGUUAUUGCUGGGAAUAGAAACAAGAAAAGGAAGAAAAAGAAAGCCGAUUUUGACCCUGCAGGUUCCUCUACAAAACAGCUUCCUUCUGCGGUUACGGUAGACAGCCAGGUGAGAGACCAGGUUGGUGACCAGAUGGUUCCUGAAGUAGAGGCCCAUCGUGGGGUGUGGCAGUCCCACGAUGCACGAGAGGUGCAGGAACUGCACAAUCUCUUGGAGAAGAAGAGACGAGACAUACUUCUACAGCAGCAGCAGCAGCAGAGAUCGGACAACCUAGCUGCAGGGUCAGGACAGAGUGGCCACACAGAUGUUGAGAAGCUGACCAGUUCAGUGCCCACCGCCAGCGCAUGUGUAUCGACUAUGACUGGCAGUCAGUCAUCAGGACGCGACAAAGAUGGACUGCAGCUAGCCGACUCUGAGACCAGUCAUCUCACCGGUACGGACAGCGUAACAGUGGAAGACAUUCUCCAAUCAUUCACUGGAGACACUGUCUCCAGGGACAGGAAAAGAACAGGCAGGUCAAAAGAUGGCAACAGUCGUCAGUCCGGUGGGUUUGCGACACAGUUGAAGAGGAAGAAAGAUCGGCCCAAGUCGGUGUUUCCAGCCACAGCAACGAAGGAGAAUCGUGGGAAGCUUGGUGUCCUCGAAGACUUGCUACUGUUGACGAAGAUUCAGUGUGAUGAAGAAAGACUAAAGACUCUUCCACCUGAGAACUUUCAUCUAGGGCUUUUUUCAGAUCGUAAACAGGCCUACUCAUGUCUACGGGAAGAAGGCAAACACCACUUGAACCAUGACAACAUGGACUACUACCUUCAUCUGGAAAUCUGGAAAGGAAACAUAGGUGGCGCUUUGCAGGUUGCCCGCGACAGAGAGGAGCUCUCUGAUUGGCUGGUUGCAAUGGCCCCCUUAGCAUCAUACGACACGUGGCUGGCGAUGUGUGGGGACUACGCCCACCAGCUGGAGGAGGACGGGCAGUACCACAAGGCCGCGUCCUACCUGCUCGCCGCCCACAAGGUGUACGCAGCCAUCGAACUCUUCAAGAAACACAAACUCUUCAAAGAAGCUGUUGCCCUGGCUAAAAUCCGGUUGUCUCCCUUGGACCCUGUGUUGGAGGAUCUGUACAUUGACUGGUCUCAGCAGCUCCUGAAAGACGGAAACUAUGAACAGGCAGCUAAAUGUUACCUGGCCAUGAAGAAUGUGUUGGAUGCCGCGAAGCUCCUCUCCCGCCGCUCCGACCAGCCCACCCUGAAGACCGCCACUCACAUGACGCUGCUGGCCAAUGAGAAACAGCAGGGAUUCCAUUACGCUCAGAAGGUUGUGCAUCAGCACAUGGUGAAAAACGAGUGGAAAGAGGCGUACAGGUUCUUGAGGGAAAACGAAGUGCUAAAGGUACUGAUUCCAUUUGUGAGUAUGCACGAACUGAUGAUGAGGGAGGUUGAGGGGCUGACCCUGGGGAUGUUCCAGGAGGUGGACCCGGCGUGUUACACAGACUGGGGAGACUUACCUGAUGGGAAGGCCAUCAUACCAGACUUCAUUCUAGACGACUCUGAUUUGGAUCCAGUGUUACCAUGGAAACUGUUCCUUAAAGGGAAGCACUCGUUUCCUCACCACGUGUUGAGGAUAUGGUACGGCAGUCUGGAUGUUGCCAUGGACACCGAGAGUCUGGGCCUGACGUACCACACCCUCUCCCAGCUGCAGUCAGCGCGACAGAGCCACGUAGACCCACAGCAGCUGAUGACUCAAGUUUGCAUGGACCUGACCCUAUGCUUGGUAGCCCUGUUGCUAGGGGAGACGUCGACAGCCAUCACACACCUGCUCCAUAUCGUGGCCUCUCUUCACAACUGUGGUCACUUCAGUCUGAUGCAGGCCAUCUGUCAGCUCAUUCUUCCUCCUGGUCCGAAGUACCUGCUCAAACUGCAGCAAGAGGUGACGGCAAUGCGUGUGAUCAUCAGCAUGGAGAGUAACCGCAACGUUGACGGCAGCGCUCAGCCGGUGAAGCGCUAUCUGUCGGACAUCAAGGACGAUGGUAAGAUCUCCAACACAGGUCUGCGGUGCCGGGAACUCGACUGUCUGCGCGGCUACUACUACCUCUCGGUCCUCCACUGUCUGCAGGAGAGAUGCAACAACACCACCACCACCAUGACGAAUCACCUUCCAGAAAGAGUGGACUGCCAGAUUUCUAGUGAUUGUGAUCGGCAUACAGAUACCCGGUUGGACGUUACGCAAAUCACCAGCUGUAGUGCUGGUGGGAAGGCUGCUGCUUCUGAUGUAUCUGCUGCCAAGGAUUUGAAUUCUGUUGCUUGUGCUGUUAGCCAAUCAAAGGCUGAUGUAUGUGUUGUUGACCAAUCAAAAUCAGAUAGUUGUGUUGGUGACCAAUCAAAGUUGGAUGCGAGUGUAGCAGAGUCAGAUUUUCAAGCUAAAGGUAAACAAUCCGAGUCUACUAAAGAUGUUGGUGUUUGUGAUUCUAGUUCAGAUUCAGGAACAAACUUGACUAGUGAUAAGGCUUUUAAGUCGAUAGAUGAAGACUUGGAUGGAAAGGCUGACUGUUCACUACAGGAUGGUGUUAAACAAACAGCUAAACAUCAUGUUUCUAGUGGGGGUGAUGCAAGUGCCUGUAUUCAAGCCCAUGACCAGACAAAGUUGUGUGUGGGAAUAAGCCAUGAGAAAACCGAGAUGUUUAGUGCAGAAGUGAACUGUGACAAAACCAAAAUAAUGUUUGCAGAAGUGAGCCGUGACAAAAUAGUGCCAAUGAGCCAUGACAGUGAACCGACCAUUAUGAACGAAACCAAGGUAACGCUUCCUAAACUGAAGGAUUUAGCUAAAGGUCUGUUAUGGGACAUCCAGGCCAAGAAGUCGUCCUUAACGGAGACUCUUGGCUACAUCCACAAAGCCAUAUCAAAACACUUGCUGACAGAUAACACGAAGGGAACUCCUCAGUCUGUGUCUUCAGACACACCGGUAGAUCUCAACCAGGGAGGAAGCACCAGCCCACCAUCAACAGACAUACCUUCUAAUCAGAGCAGCAUCACAAGUCAUAAUGCUCGUACCGACACCAACAAAGUGCCAAACCAAACCGACGACGACAGUGUCUUAAAAUCCCACACCAAUAACAACGUGAUGCUGAACAGCAGCAGAGUUCCAGUAAACACAUCCCUGACUAACUUCCGGCGAUUCUCCGAAGGAGCAGUUCCGUUCUGCCACAGGAAGAGCAGCCUCGGUCUGUCGGAGGUGGAGAUGAUCGCGCUGGCCAGUGCCGAGCCGUGUCCCAAGUCGCGCAAGGUGUUGUGGGAGGAUCAGCCGCGCAGGCCAUGCGAGACGGUGGACUACUACAGCAGCAGCAGCAGCAUACACGACGGGGGCUCGUGUGUGCUGGGGGGCAGUGCAGUGAGGUACAUCAACGUGCCCGAUGAGUGGUACGGGCUGCCGGUUGAUGAGAAGUACUUCACGUCCUACGUCACCAUGGGGCUGCUCCGCGACGAACAGGAGUACGUGACGCACGAACUCAAACGAAUACCAGACUGCUCACAGGUGCCUUUCCCGAACCCCCUGGACAGUGCGUGGCUGUUGUUGAAGCUGUGUAGUCAGAGCGGGGACCUGAGGGAGGAAGACCGGGCGGCGUUCACCCAUGACGUGGUGCUGUGGGCACUGCACUUCGCCAUGACGCGGAGACAGAGGGAGGAACUCGACACACUCAUCAAAACAACACCCUGAGUAAAACAUGGAAAUAUCCAUACGGGGAGGGGGGGGGGGGACAAAAAACUUAAAUGUUAAAACACAAAGAUUGAAUAUUUGUUAUUUAAAAUGAUCAAACCAAUUAAAAGUGAUUGACAAUAACAGGAAAAUAGACAACAGUAUGGAAUUAUUCAGAAAAGAAAACGAAACUCAUUUUUAAUGUUAGAACAUAAAGCAGAAUAUGUGUUGUAAACUGUAAGGAACAUUUUGUUUUCAAAAUCUUGAUUAGCAAUAUUUCUAGUCAAUCAAAAAUUUAUUAGCAGCUACUGUUUAAUGUUACAAAAUUGUGUAGUGAUUCCUGAAACUUGUGUUGGUGAAUUGCGACAUGAUACUGAACAAAAUGUUUCCUGAAGUAAUCAAAUUAAGUGAUUGACUAACACAAUAUGGUUGAAUAUGUUCUCAUUAAAACAACACUCUGACUGGAACAGCCAAAACAGACAACAGGGUGGAAACAGCCAGACAAGAAAACAAAAUCUUGUUUAAAUGUUAGAAAGUAAAGACAGAAUAUUUGUUAUAAGCUGAUCAAAUCACAUGAUUAAAAGAAAAACAAACAAUAGCAGAGAAAAUUAAAUAUCCAAACAUUUUUCUAAGAUAUAAUUAUGUGUAGACAAAAAAACCCAAAGAAACGUCAGUGCUCAAUAAAAACUAUUGCUGUUUGUUGCAAGCAUAACUUUUGGUUGUAAUUUUGUGUUAAUUUGUUACAAAAGCUACUGGUUUAAAAUUGAUGUAGGCAAGCUCAAAAUUGCUGUAGGUAAGCUUUUUACCUAUGGCAAAGACUUCAAAAUUGUCAUAGGUAAUAAACUUGUUACGUUCAAUCCCUGAAAUAGUGAUAAACAUUAGAAUAUCCAGAUGGAUGUUUAAGCCACAUGUUCAAAACAGGAAAACAAUUAAAUUUGAAAGUUAAAUAUCCAGACAGGCAAAAUAUGUUUGAGUACUCCGACAGUUAUGCUGAACAUAAAAUAGAGUACAUGUGACUGGCACCAGGUCUUUACAGUUAUAGACAAGUUUAUUCUAAAUAUUGAAUUUUGAUAAAGCAAAUACUCUACC